CGGGUCCCUAGUUUUUCUUCAAAAAAGCAAUCGGGUCCUCCGCCUCCUUCUCCUCCUCAUCGCCGGCCUCCUUCUUCCCCAGCCGCAAACCACCCCAAGCUCCCGGCCACUAACCACUGCAAGUCUCUCUCCUGCCUCAUCCGGGAGACCUACGCGCACUGCCAUGUCCCCUGCCUCAGGAUCCCCGGCGCCGGGUGGAGCUCCGACGAUGACACAGACGACGAGGACGCGCUCGACACCAAACAGGUGAUACUCAACGAGAUGAGGAGGCGGCAGCUGAAGAAGGAGUCGCGGUGCAGCGCGGGCUCUCCGACUCUGUCGAGCGCCUUCAUCUGGUCGUUCACCCCGCUCGAUCCGAGAAGCGUUCUGGAGAAGGUCUCGAGCCCUGAGCAGUUCGUCGUGGUGGAAGGGGAGCAGAAGGAAGAGGCGGAGGCGGGCAGCGACAACGGCGACGCCGAGAGCGAGGCGUUCUUCUCGGUGAAGAGCUUCUUCACGCGCAGCACGAGCCGGGCGGCGACCGUGGCGUCGUUGACGGACAUGGGCCCGCCGGCGACGUGGGAGGGCUUCCAGCACUGCGAGGGGUGGCCGUUCGGGCUGUGCCGCCGCCCCGCCGUGCCCCCGCUGCCCAGCACGCCGGCCGACUCCUGGAAAUGGCGCAAGCAGAGCAGUGGCCGCAACCUCGUCGUGAGCCCGCGCCCUGUGUACGGUCACAAGAUCACAGCGACUUAAGCGGCUGGGGAAGGAGGCCGGCGAUGAGGAGGAGGAGGCGGAGGACCCGAUUGCUUUUUUGAAGAAAAACUAGGGACCCGAUUGCAUUUUUAGCCCGUUUAUGUGUGGGGUCGGGCAGUCAGAUUUGCGUUUAACCCAGGCAAAGCGAGCAGUUUUCACACUUGGUAGUUUUUUGUCACGGAUUAAUAAAAAAAGUGGUAGUUUUCGAGACAAAAUCGUAAAGUGGUAGUUUUCUGUCA